AAAGAGUUAAGAGAUCGCACACCUUUACACAGCUUCUGAGAACAUGAAGACGAGUCGUGUGUUUCUGGUCCUGGGCUUCGUCCUGAUUGUGGCGUUCUGCUCAGAUGCAGGAGCUCUCACACUCCCGGUCUCUUGCUGUUUUGAUUUCUUUACUGGAAAAAUUCCUCCCCAAAACAUCCAGGCGGUGAAACCGACGGACACUCAGUGCCCUCAGAAAGGCUUCAUUGUUUCUACGCAAAAGUUCCCCAGCCUGUGUGUGCGUGAUGACCCAAGUGUUAAGAAAGAAACAGGAAAAUUGUUGUAGACAUUGUUAAAGCGCUGAACAAAUAAGUUGAAAUAAAUUAAGAAAAAACUAACCCCCAAUCAAUUUCAUGUUCAUGCAAAUUUGUGCUCUGUCUGUCGAUUUUAUUUUCUCAAUGUGACGAUUCAAUGCAAUGUUACUGAAUGUGAUAAAUAACUCACAAUAAAAACACACUGUAAAUCAA